GCCGCCGCCGCCGCCGUGUCCCCGCGCCUCCAAGAUGCCCGGGCAGUGGCGGGGAGGCUCCCGCGGCCCGCCGGUUCCCGACCACCUUCCCUGGUUUUUCAUGCUGAAUCAGGAUCGUGUUAACUAAAGAUGGAAACACUGGAGUCAGAAUUGACCUGCCCAAUCUGCCUGGAGUUAUUUGAGGAUCCCCUCCUGCUGCCCUGUGCCCACAGCCUCUGCUUCAGCUGUGCCCACCGCAUCCUGGUGUCCAGCUGCUCCUCCAGCGAGUCCAUUGAACCCAUCACCGCCUUCCAGUGCCCCACCUGCCGCUAUGUCAUCUCCCUCAACCACCGGGGCCUGGAGGGCCUCAAGAGAAAUGUGACCCUGCAGAACAUCAUCGACCGCUUCCAGAAGGCCUCCCUGAGCGGCCCCAACUCCCCCAGCGAGAGCCGCCGCGAGAGGACCUACCGCAACAGCCCUACCAUGUCCGUGGCCAGCGAGAGGAUCUCCUGCCAGUUCUGCGAGCAGGAUCCGCCCCGGGACGCUGUCAAGACCUGCAUCACCUGCGAGGUGUCCUACUGUGACCGCUGCCUGCGGGCCACCCACCCCAACAAGAAGCCCUUCACCAGCCACCGGCUGGUGGAGCCGGUGCCCGACGCGCACUUCCGUGGACUCACGUGCCUGGAGCACGAGAACGAGAAGGUGAACAUGUACUGUGUCGCUGAUGACCAGCUCAUCUGUGCCUUAUGUAAACUGGUGGGCCGCCACCGGGACCACCAAGUGGCAUCGCUCAGCGAUCGCUUCGAGAAGCUGAAGCAAACCCUGGAGACGAAUCUCACCAACCUGGUUAAACGCAACAGCGAACUGGAAAACCAGAUGGCCAAGCUGAUACAGAUCUGCCAGCAAGUGGAGGUGAACACAGCCAUGCAUGAGGCCAAGCUGAUGGAGGAGUGUGAUGAGCUGAUGGAGAUCAUCCGCCAGCGCAAGCAGGUCAUCGCUGUCAAGAUCAAGGAGACAAAGGUGAUGAAGCUGCGGAAGCUGGCUCAGCAGGUUGCCAACUGCCGGCAGUGCCUUGAGCGCUCCACGGUCCUCAUCAACCAGGCCGAGCACAUCCUGAAGGAGAACGACCACGCACGGUUCCUGCAGACUGCCAGGAACGUGGCUGAGAGGGUCGCCAUGGCAACUGCAUCCUCGCAAGUUCUGAUACCAGAUAUCAAUUUUAAUGAUGCCUUUGAAAACUUUGCUUUAGAUUUUUCCAGAGAGAAGAAGCUGCUGGAGGGGCUGGAUUAUCUAACGGCACCGAACCCGCCGUCGAUCCGCGAGGAGCUCUGCACGGCCUCGCACGACACCAUCACCGUGCACUGGAUCUCGGAGGACGAGUUCAGCGUCAGCUCCUACGAGCUCCAGUACACCAUCUUCACCGGCCAGGCCAACUUCAUCAGUCUCUACAACUCCAUGGACAGCUGGAUGAUCGUCCCGAACAUCAAGCAGAACCACUACACGGUGCACGGGCUCCAGAGCGGCACCCGCUACAUCUUCCUGGUGAAGGCCAUCAACCAGGCAGGCAGCAGGAACAGCGAGCCCGCCCGCCUCAAGACCAACAGUCAGCCGUUCAAGCUGGACCCCAAGAUGGCUCACAAGAAGCUGAAGAUCUCCAACGAUGGGCUGCAGAUGGAGAAGGAUGAGAGCUCCCUGAAGAAGAGCCACACGCCGGAGAGGUUCAGUGGGACGGGCUGCUAUGGGGCAGCCGGCAACGUCUUCAUCGACAGCGGCUGCCACUACUGGGAGGUCGUGGUGGGAUCCUCCACCUGGUACGCCAUCGGCGUGGCUUACAAGUCGGCCCCCAAAAACGAGUGGAUUGGGAAGAACUCCUCUUCCUGGGUUUUCUCCCGCUGCAACAACAACUUUGUGGUGCGGCACAACAACAAGGAGAUGCUGGUGGAGGUGCACCCGCAGAUGAAGCGCCUCGGCGUCCUCCUGGACUAUGACAACAACGCGCUCUCCUUCUACGACCCGGCCAACUCCCUCCACCUCCACACCUUCGAAGUCUCCUUCAUCCUGCCAGUGUGUCCCACCUUCACCAUCUGGAACAAAUCCCUGAUGAUCCUCUCGGGGCUGCCUGCCCCGGAUUUCAUUGAUUACCCCGAGCAGCAGGAGUGUAACUGCCGGCCCCAGGAGUCCCCAUACGUGUCAGGAAUGAAAGCCUGUCACUAGGCUGCCCAGGCCUGCCCGUGCCCCGCGGCGGCACUGGCCGUGCCGGUGGGUGCCAGUGGUCGGAGCUGCCGGCUGGGAGCCCCCUGGCAGCCGUGCUGGAGAGCCACUGUGCCACCCCAGCAACCGAGCGCCAUCCACAACCAGCUCCGUCUUGUUUUAAGGGAAAAGUGGAAGAACCUCGAACCGCAGCUGGAAAUAAACUGCUGGUGGUGAGCUCCAGUGUGCACGAGAGCAGCCGCAGCAGCACCUUGACGGUGGCUCCCAUCCCUUCCCGAGUGGAUUGUCACCCGUCUUCCUUCAGGGGCUGGAAAGGCUGGGGUGGGUUUUGGGCUGACCUGAGGUGCCGUGGUGGUCAGGGGACAGCUCGUGUGUCCUGCGAGGCACCGGUUGGGACAGGAGGGAUGGGUUCUGGAGCCUGCUGGCAGCUGGUCUGUGGAACUGGAGCCACUGAGCAGUGCUUUUCAGGGAGAUCUUUCCAUGUGGCUGAGGCUCAGUAGCUUCCCUGGUGGGGUGAAUAAUGCGUGGAGCCCUUGGGCUUGGUGAGCACUGACGUGGUGGAUGGAUGGUGGUUAUGUGGUGGGGGGUGAUGGUAGUGUGGCUAAUGGUCUGUGAGAGCAGAGGCAGCACUGAGGAUGGUCCCACUGCCUGUCCGUGCUGCAGCUGGCCUGUUCCCACAGCAUUUUCUGGGUUUACAGUCCCACAGUGGAGAGCCACAGAUCCCCACCCCACCACGUCUCCUCCUUUGAGAGCUCCCCAGUAGCCAAGGAGGCCUGGAUCCUUGAGGAGCUUCGGCCCCUGGCACGGAGGUUUGGCAGCUGCUCCUUCCCAACGCGGGGUCUGGACGGCGGUGCCCUUGCUCCAUUAGUGCCCUGUCUGGUGUCCCAGCAGAAACAAACUCAUCUUUCUGCUCUGAGCCCAUAGUAGAGUCCUACCUGAAGAUCAUCUCUAUGCUUUAUGACCCAAAUCUCAAUUUAUGACCCCAGAUCUUGGCUCCUGGUUUGUUCUCCACCAUGCCAGGGGAUUGGACUGGGUGAAUUUUAAAGGUCCCUUUCAGCCCAAACUAUUCCAUGAUUCUGUGGCAGUGGGAGCACAAAGCCAUCCUGUUUACUCUGUGGCAAAGGACUGGAGCCCCAAGGGCUCCAGACUCUGGUUACUGGGAGCUCUUUGGCUGCUGCCAGUGCACCCAGUAACCCCAAACAUCAAGUCCCCUGGCCAAGCUCCAUUUUCUAGAUUUAGUUAAGAGGCCAGGAGGAGCUGGGCCAGCACACAGUCCGUGUGUCACAGGAGGGGUCUGUGGCACACUUUGGGUCCGGUGAGUGGGAGGGUGGCCAGAACGUCGGAGGGGGACAAGGUCAGGCAUUGUGGUGUGACCCAAGGUGGCUGGUGCUUGAGCUUUGCUCCAUGGGAUUUGAAACCCCUUUUCCUUUUCUGGAUGUGGUGCCUCAGUGGGACUGGGGACCACUGAGCUGGGACCUCCCAGAUCUGCCAGCUGUUCCCUUCCUUUGGAGCUUGCUGAUAGGUAAGUUUGCCCCUGCUUGCCAAACCUGAUUUCCUUCCAUGACAGGGUGACCCUCCCCUAGUUGAUCUAGGAAAGCCAGUAGAUGGAAUCUAAAAGCAAAGCUUUUGAUACUGUCUCUCCCAGGACCCUUCUGGACAAACUGUCCAGCCCACAGCUGAAUAACUGUUAAACAGUGGGUGAGCAACUGGCUCAUGGGUCAGACACAGAGGGCACAAAGACAGUGACCGAGGUGACAUCAGGCUGGCAUCAGUCACUAGUGGGGUUCUGCAGGGCUCCAUCCUCGGCCUCGUUCUCUUCAACAUAUUAAUUAACAACUUGGAUGCAGGACUCAAAGGAAUACUAAGUAAGUUUGCUGAUGACACUAAAUUGGGAGGAGCUAUUGACUCCCUCGAGGGAAGAGACCUCAACAAAUCAGAGAGAUGGGCAAUCACCAACCAUAUGCAGUUUAACAAGGGCAAGUGCUGGAUUCUGCUCCUGGGGCAGGGCAACCCUGGUUGUGUGUAUAAACUGGGGAAUGAGAGGCUGGAGAGCAGCAUGGCAUCCCUCUGUGUCUCCAGGCUGCAGUUUUUGGGAAAGGGAGGCAGGCAGCACCUCAGGGAAGGAUCUGCUGCCUGCCCUGCUGAUCCAAGAGAGGUUUCUCUCUGAUCCAGGCUGCUUUCCAAGGGUGCCUGGCAGGGCCAGUGCGGGGGAUACAUCCCUCCCUCCUGAGCAGACGGAGCAGCUCUGUUUGCUUCUCCCAGCUCCAGGGCACAGGUGGGGUUGCAGUGGGAGUGCAUCUGCUGUCCUCACAGCCUGGCACACAACCCUGGUUCAUUCUGGGAGGUUGUCACCCUUUUCAGUUGGCUGUUUUUCAUGGGAAACUCAUGGAAGUCGCUUCCCCAUGUUCUGGUCCCAUCUGGGGCUGCUCAUACUGUGUCACUCAGAUGGAUGCCAAGCACUGGAGAUGGAUGUUGGCACUGGCAAUCUGGGUGUCGAGCUCCCUGCCAGCACCACUGGGACGGGCUCGUGGAGGACUCAGCACAUCUUCAACUCGGAGACCACGAGCCCUUAACGUGAUGUUUGCACCUGAUGAAAUUGCACUAAUUACAGGGACCCCCCACAGGCGUCUCAGACCCAGCCAGGUAGGAGGGUGGCGGGGGGAGCUGGAGGAGCCCUGCACCCCAAGCAGGCAGCUCCAGGGCUGGGGGCCUUCCCCAGUCACACACAUGGUCCUCUCCCGGUGCUGGAAGCAGAGCCUAUCCAAGUGUCACCAGGAACUGGAGAGCAGCAGCUCCAUCCCUGGGCCCUGCUCAGGAUGUGAUUCAGGGGCAGGACAUGGGGGUGGUCCGGGGUGCUGCUGCCAGCUCCUCUUCUGGUGGCACAGUUGUACAGAUUUGGGAUGUGUGAGCUCCUGGCUCCCCUCAGCCUCUCCCUCCACAUGUAACAUUCCUGCUUCGGUUUUAACUGGGGGGAGGGUUGCUCUUUCUGUUGUUUUUUUUCCCCUUUUUGUUUUUGGGCAACUUCUUUGUUAAUGUGUAUAUAUAUAUAUAUAUAAAAUAUAAUAUAAUA